CAUGGACCCGGCCCCCGACCUGCUCUUCUAUGUGAACGGCCGCAAGGUGAUAGAAAAAAAUGUUGAUCCUGAAACAAUGCUGUUACCAUAUCUGAGGAAGACUUUACGACUCACAGGAACUAAAUAUGGCUGUGGAGGGGGAGGCUGUGGAGCCUGUACAGUGAUGAUCUCACGAUACAACCCAAGCACCAAGAAGAUAAGGCAUUAUCCAGCCAAUGCCUGUCUGACACCCAUUUGUUCUCUAUAUGGAACAGCCGUCACCACUGUGGAAGGCAUAGGAAGCACCAAGACCAGAAUUCAUCCUAUUCAGGAGAGGAUCGCCAAAUGUCAUGGCACCCAGUGUGGCUUCUGCACUCCUGGCAUGGUGAUGUCCAUGUAUGCACUACUCAGGAACCACCCAGAGCCCACUAUGGAUCAGUUAACAGACGCCCUUGGUGGGAACCUGUGCCGUUGCACUGGAUACAGGCCCAUAAUAGAUGCAUACAGGACUUUCUGUAAGACUUCUGGCUGCUGUCAAAGUAAAGAAAAUGGUUGCUCUUUGGAUGAAGAAAGAAAUGGAUUGCCAGAAUGUGAGGAAGGAAACAAGACAAGUCCAGAACUCUUUUCAGAAGAGGAGUUUCUGCCAGUGGAUCCAACCCAGGAGCUGAUAUUUCCUCCUGAGCUAAUGAUAAUGGCUGAGAAACAACCACAAAAGACCAGGGUUUUUGGUGGUGAGAGAGUGACAUGGAUUUCCCCUGUGACCCUGAAGGAACUUCUUGAAGCUAAAUUCAAACAUCCCCAGGCCCCUGUUGUCAUGGGGAACACCUCUGUGGGGCCUGAAGUGAAAUUUAAAGGUGUUUUCCACCCAGUUGUAAUUUCUCCUGAUAGAAUUGAAGAACUGAAUGUUGUAAAUCAUACACGUACUGGGCUCACCCUGGGUGCUGGCCUCAGCCUGGCCCAGGUGAAGGACAUCCUGGCUGAGGUGGUCCAGAAGCUUCCAGACGAGAAGACACAGACAUACUGCGCUCUCCUGAAGCACCUGAGGACGCUGGCUGGACAACAGAUCAGGAGCAUGGCCUCUUUAGGGGGCCACAUCGUGAGCAGGCAUCUAGAUUCAGAUCUGAAUCCCCUCCUGGCUGUGGGUAAUUGCACCCUCAACUUGAUAUCAAAAGAAGGAGAACGACAGAUCCCUCUAAACGAGCAGUUUCUCAGCAAGUGCCGUGCGGAUCUGAAUCCCCAGGAAAUCUUGGUCUCCGUGAACAUUCCCCACUCCAGGAAGUGGGAAUUUGUGUCAGCCUUCCGACAAGCACAGCGGCAACAGAAUGCACUAGCGAUAGUCAAUUCAGGAAUGAGAGUGUUUUUUGGCAAAGGGGACGGUGUCAUUAGAGAGCUAUCCAUCUCGUAUGGAGGGGUUGGUCCGACCAUCAUCUGUGCCAAGAAUUCCUGCCAGAAGCUCAUCGGCAGGCCCUGGAAUGAAGAGACGCUGGAUGCAGCAUGCAGGCUGGUUUUGGAUGAAGUCUCCUUGCCAGGCUCCGCCCCUGGUGGGAAGGUGGAGUUCAAGAGGACCCUCAUCAUCAGCUUCCUUUUCAAGUUCUACCUGAAAGUGUCACAGAUCUUGAAGAGGAUGGACCCAGGUCACUAUCCUCGCCUGGCAGACAAGUAUGAGAGCGCUUUAGAAGAUCUUCAUUCCACAUAUCACUGGCAUCCGUUAAACUACCAAAAUGAACAGCUAUGGCAGCUUCCUCAAGACCCGAUUGGCCGUCCCAUUAUGCAUCUGUCUGGUAUUAAACAUGCCACAGGGGAAGCUACCUACUGUGACGACAUGCCUGCAGUGGAUCGGGAACUUUUUCUGACUUUUGUGACUAGUUCAAGAGCUCAUGCUAAGAUUGUGUCCAUUGACCUGUCGGAAGCUCUUAGCCUGCCAGGUGUGGUGGACAUCGUGACUUCAGAACAUCUUCAGAAUGUAAACUCCUUUGCUACAGAGACAUUUCUAGCAACAGAUGAGGUAUUUUGUGUGGGUCAUCUGGUCUGUGCUGUGGUUGCAGAUUCUGAGAUUCAGGCAAGACGAGCCGCUGACCGAGUAAAGAUUGUCUACCAAGACUUGAAGCCACUGAUCUUAACAAUUGAGGAAGCUAUACAACACAAGUCCUUCUUUGAGCAAGAACGGAAACUGGAAUAUGGAAAUGUUGAUGAAGCAUUUAAAAUGGUUGAUCAGAUUCUUGAAGGUAAAAUACAUAUGGGAGGUCAAGAACAUUUUUAUAUGGAAACGCAAAGCAUGCUUGUUGUUCCCAAAGGAGAGGAUCAAGAAAUGGAUGUUUAUGUGUCUACCCAGUUUCCUAGAUACAUACAGGAGAUAGUUGCCUCAAUCUUGAAACUCCCAGCCAACAAGGUCAUGUGUCAUGUAAGACGUGUUGGUGGGGCAUUUGGGGGAAAAGUGGUCAAAACUGGUGUCAUGGCCGCCAUCACUGCAUUCGCUGCUAGCAAACAUGGUCGUGCAGUCCGCUGCACUCUGGAACGAGGAGAAGACAUGUUAAUAACUGCAGGCCGCCAUCCUUACCUUGGAAAGUACAAAGUUGGAUUCAUGAAUGAUGGCAGAAUCUUGGCCCUGGAGAUGGAGCAUUACGCUAAUGGAGGCAGCUCGCUGGAUGAAUCGUUGUUGGUGAUAGAAAUGGGACUUCUUAAAAUGGACAACGCUUACAAGUUUCCCAACCUGCGCUGCCGGGGCUGGGUGUGCAAAACCAACCUUCCAUCCAACACUGCUUUUCGUGGGUUUGGCUUUCCUCAGACAGGGCUGGUCACCGAGUCCUGUAUCACAGAAGUGGCAGCCAAAUGUGGUUUGUCUCCUGAGCAGGUUCGAACAAUAAAUAUGUACAAGGAAAUUGAUCAAACACCCUACAAAGAAGAGAUUAAUGCCAAGAGCCUCAUCCAGUGUUGGAGAGAAUGUAUGGCUAAGUCUUCCUACUCCAUGAGAAGAGCUACAGUGGAAAAAUUCAAUGCAGAGAAUUACUGGAAGAAGAAAGGGCUGGCUGUGGUGCCCCUGAAGUUUCCUGUUGGUCUGGGCUCAGUUGCCAUCGGUCAGGCUGCCGCCCUGGUUCACAUUUAUCUAGAUGGCUCUGCACUGGUCACUCAUGGUGGGAUUGAAAUGGGGCAGGGUGUCCACACUAAAAUGAUUCAGGUGGCCAGCCGUGAAUUAAGAAUGCCACUGUUGAAUGUACACCUGCGUGGGACAAGCACAGAAACCGUCCCCAACACAAAUGUCUCUGGAGGGUCUGUGGUGGCAGAUCUUAAUGGGUUGGCAGUAAAGGAUGCUUGUCAAACUCUUCUAAAACGCCUUGAACCCAUCAUCAACAAGAAUCCUCAAGGAACUUGGAAGGAUUGGGCACAGACUGCUUUUGAUGAAAGUAUUAGUCUUUCAGCUAUUGGAUACUUCAGGGGUUAUGAGUCAGACAUGAACUGGGAAAAAGGCGAAGGUCAUCCCUUUGAAUACUCUGUCUAUGGAGCUGCCUGUUCGGAGGUUGAAAUAGACUGCCUGACAGGGAGUCAUAAGAACAUCAGAACGGACAUUGUCGUGGAUGUUGGCAACAGUAUAAAUCCAGCCCUUGACAUGGGCCAGAUUGAAGGUGCAUUUAUUCAAGGCAUGGGACUCUACACAAUAGAAGAACUGAAUUAUUCUCCUCAGGGUGUUCUGUACACUCGUGGUCCAAACCAAUAUAAAAUCCCUGCCAUCUGUGACAUCCCCACAGAGAUGCACAUUUCUUUUCUGCCUCCAUCUGAAAACUCAAAUACCCUGUAUUCAUCUAAGGGUCUGGGAGAGUCUGGAGUGUUCCUGGGGUGCUCGGUGUUUUUUGCCAUCUGUGACGCGGUGUGUGCAGCGCGACAGGAGAGAGGUCUGUCUGAACCGUUGCCACUCGAUAGUCCGCUGACUCCAGAGAAGAUUAGAAUGGCCUGUGAAGACAAGUUCACGAAGAUGAUUCCAAGAGAUGAGCCUGGAUCCUGCAUUCCUUGGAAUGUACGUGUAUGAAUCAAAUACAAACUUCUGGAGAAAAUGGGAUAGCUGUUCCCUCAUAGUGACCUAUUCAAUCUCUCUGCUCUACCAUGUAGAUCUGAAAGACAGAUUUUCACAGCUCAGA